AUGCCAAAAGAAAAGGCCCAUUUCGAUCCAAAUAAAGAUAAAGGAGAUUUAAUAAGAAAAAUUCUACUUCAUAUUCAAAAAGAAUUUAGAAGAAUCAUUGAAAAUGAAAGUAAGUACGAUCAGCUCUAUAGUUUGUUUGAAAUAGAAUAAUCUAAAGGUGGUAAUAUUAAUGAAGAACUUGACAAAAUUGCUAAUCAAAAACUUACUGAUUCUUUGUAAAGAGGUUGGCAUCUACUAGGUAAAAGGAAAUUCGAAAAUAGAGACCCUAAUAAAAUCACUGAAAAUAAAAAUAAUUAAAAUAAACAGUAGAGUAUUAGUCGUGGCAUUAUUCAUAAUCCUGAAAGUCCAAAGAGAGAUUCUACAGUCAAUUAUGGCGAAAUCGUAGAAGCUUACAUUGUAGAUCAUAAUUUUUAAAAAAGAAGAAUUUACUUUAAAAUUGAAAGACCCCUAUUAUUAACAAAAGAAGAAUAAAUAUAUGCAAGAGAAAUGAAGUUUAAUCAAAAUCGAUCAAUCUCUACAGAUAGUAGCUGUUCAGAUAAUUGA